ACAGUCGGACAGGCUCGCUAAUUCUGCAGAAAAAAAAACCACUGACCACAAAUGCAUGCCCAGACCACAAGAGCGCUUCAGUGCACACUGACCAUAUCUCACAGCACUGGAGGGAGCGCAGCGUCGGCUUUAAACCACUUCCCGAGGGGGUGUUGAAACAUCUUAAAAACAAGCAGCCCUGAUCAGUCACAGUGUGUCAGUGUGAAAGUCAAGAUUCUCUCAAGAACAGAUUAAGCUCUUCUUCUCUUCAUUAGAGUACUAGCCAUGGAGAUGGAAGGUAUUUACACUGAGGUACAGAAACCAGACCAGGAUUUCUACUGUGCCAUCCAGCCAGGGGAGAAACAGCCUGGAAAACACACAGCAAACACGACUGUGAAGAAAGCCAGUUCCUGCAAGUGGGCUGCUGUGGGUCUUGCUGUGCUGUGGAUCCUCUCAGUGUCUGUCGCCCUGGGUGUGAUCUUUCACAGGGAUGCACAGUAUGCCAGCCUCUUUCAAAGGUAUUCUGACCUGCAGACUCACCUGAAGAACUAUACAGACAUGACAGUGUGGAAGUGGAUCAUCUGUGCUGCAGCUGAUGUGACUCUGGACCCUGAUACAGCACACCCCUAUCUCAUCCUGUCUGAGGAAGGGAAACAAGUGAGUUGUGGAAACACACAACAGGCUCUUCCUGACAAUCCAAAGAGAUUUGAUUAUGUUGCCAGUGUCCUGGGCAAGCAGGGCUUCACCUCAGGGAGACACUACUGGCAGGUGGAGGUGGGGGAGAAGACUGCAUGGUAUUUAGGAGUGGUCAGAGAAUCCAUCAACAGGAAGGGGGAGUCUAUAUUGAGUCCUGAGACUGGUUAUUGGACACUGAGCCUGAGGGAUGGAAAGUAUGAGACUCUUGUUGGCCCACCUAUCCCCUUGAGUGUGAAGCCCCGGAAGGUGGGGGUGUAUCUGGAUUAUGAGGAAGGGCAUCUCUCCUUUUACAAUGUGGAGACCAGAUCUCACAUCUACACUUUAAAUGACUCCUUCACUGAGAAGCUCUAUCCAUACUUCAGCCCUUUUAAUAAUGCUGAUGGUAGAAACGCAGCCCCGCUGAUCAUCCUCCCUGUCAGUGAUAGAGAUUGAAUGAAGUGGUGUAUCUGUAUGACAACCUAUACCAGCACUGGCAAUCCUGUUCACUGCAUUAUUAUUUGCCCACCUAUUCCUUUGUCUACCUGUAAUUGUUUUACCGAUUGGCACUGUCAGUAAUUAUGAGCUUGACAAAACUAUGGGAACGCCCGUCACAUUUAACACACCCCUGCGACUUGUGCACAUGGGCUGUCCCUCACAUGCUCAUCACAUUUAACACACCCCUGUGAUUUAUGCACAUGGGCUGUCCCUCACAUGCCUGUCACAUUUAACACACCCCUGUGACUUGUGCACAUGGGCUGUCCCUCACAUGCCUGUCACAUUUAACACACCCCUGUGACUUGUGCACAUGGGUUGUCCCUCACAUGCCUGUCACAUUUAACAUGCCCCUCUGACUUGUGCUCUUGGGCUGUCCCUCACAUGCCUGAUUCAUUUGUGCGGCACCAGCCAUCUCAUCACUGUGCUCAGCCUCAUCACUGAUCAGCCUCAUCACUGUGCUCAGCCUCAUCACAGUGCUCAGCCUCAUCACUGUGCUCAGCCUCAUCACUGUGCUCAGCCUCAUCACUGUGCUCAGCCUCCUGUCUGAUCAGCCUCAUCACUCUGAUCAGAUUCAUCAAUGUGCUCAGCCACAUCACUGAUCAGCCUCAUCACAGUGCUCAGCCUCAUCACUGAUUAGCCUCAUCACAGUGAUCAGCCUCAUCACUGUGAUCAGCCUCAUCACUGUGCUCAGCCUCCUGUCUGAUCAGCCUCAUCGCUAUGCUCAGCCUCAUCACUCUGAUCAGAUUCAUCAAUGUGCUCAGCCACAUCACUGAUCAGCCUCAUCACUGAUCAGCCUCAUCACAGUGAUCAGCCUCAUCACAGUGCUCAGCCUCAUCACAGUGCUCAGCCUCAUCACAGUGCUCAGCCUCAUCACAGUGAUCAGCCUCAUCACUGUGAUCAGCCUCAUCACUGUGCUCAGCCUCCUGUCUGAUCAGCCUCAUCACUGUGCUCAGCCUCAUCACUCUGAUCAGAUUCAUCAAUGUGCUCAGCCACAUCACUGAUCAGCCUCAUCACAGUGCUCAGCCUCAUCACAGUGCUCAGCCUCAU